AUGUCAGGAGUAACAAAAUCUAUGCCAAUGGCUUACAAAAAUUUGGGACGUAAUGGUUUACGAGUAUCUCAAUUAGGCCUUGGUACAUGGGUAACAUUUGGUGGACAAAUAUCAGAUGAUAUUGCAGAAGAAUUAGUUACUAUUGCUUAUGAAAAUGGAAUAAAUCUAUUUGAUACAGCUGAAGUUUAUGCAGCUGGAAAAGCAGAAACAACACUUGGAAAAAUUUUAAAAAAGAAAAAUUGGAAACGAUCAACUUAUAUUGUAUCAACGAAAUUAUAUUGGGGUGGAAAAGCUGAAACUGAAAAAGGUCUUUCACGUAAACAUAUUAUUGAAGGUUUAAAAUCAAGUCUUGAACGUUUACAACUUGAUUAUGUUGAUAUUGUAUUUGCUAAUAAGCUCGAUAGUUCGGCGCCAAUGGAAGAAAUUGUUCGAGCAUUUACACAGGUAAUUAAUAAUAAUCUUUGUUUUUAUUGGGGUACAUCAAGAUGGUCACCAAUGGAAAUUAUGGAAGCAUAUUCAAUUGCUCGACAAUUUAAUUUAAUUCCACCUAUAUGUGAACAAACAGAAUAUCAUUUAUUUCAACGUGAAAAAGUUGAAAUAUUUUUGCCAGAUAUUUUUAAAAAAAUAGGUAUUGGAACAAUGACAUGGUCACCAUUAGCAUGUGGAUUAUUGACUGGAAAAUAUGAUGAUGGAGUACCAUUACAUUCAAGAGCAGCACUUAAAGGUUAUGGAUGGUUAAAAGAUAAAGUCUUAAAUGACGAAGGUCGAAAACAACAAGAUAAAUUAAGAGAAUUAACUAUUUUAGCAUCAAAAUUUGAUUGUACACUUGCUCAAUUAGCUAUUGCAUGGUGUUUAAAAAAUGAAAAUGUUCAUUGUAUAUUACUUGGUGCAUCAUCUGCUGAACAAUUAUAUGAAAAUAUAAAUUCAUUACAUAUUGUUUCAAAAUUAACUCCAUUAGUAAUGACUGAUAUAGAUCGAAUCCUUGGUAAUAAACCAAAUGCUCAUAUUUCAACAAAAAAUGAAACAUCUCAACCACAACAACAACAAAUUCAACGAUAA